AUGCCAGCCUCUGUACACUCUCAAGACCAAGACCAGUCCAUGAUGGACACUGCUCCUCAGGAGCAAGAACAGCAGGAAUUUGAACAGGAGGAAUUCGAGCUUGAGGAAAAGCGUAUUGUCGUGCUACCGGGUGCCACCGAGACCGCAGCUUCGUUUCAGUUUGAAGGUGAGGGCCAUACUCUAGGGAACGCGUUACGUUACGCCAUCAUGAAGAACCCCGAAGUUGAAUUCUGCGGAUAUACGAUCCCGCAUCCCUCGGAAGCCAAGAUGAACUUGCGUAUCCAGACCUAUGAUACAACGACUGCAGUUGAAGCCCUGGAGAAGGGCUUGGAGGCUUUGAUGGAUCUCUGUGAUGUCGUCACAGACAAAUUCACAUCAGCGCGGGAUGCUUACAGUGCUGCCCAGGCUGAUAAGAUGACCUCGUGA